CUUUUUAAAACUAAUGUUUUGCCAUUGUGCUCUUUAGGAAUCGACGUCGAUACUUUUCGGGUAAAACCUGUUUUUCUGUCUAUUUAGAAUUAAUAACAGCAAGCUUUUAAUAAUCUUCCUUCAUUUUACAAUGUGUAAUAUUAAAUGAUUAAGAUUACAACAUUCAUUGCAUCAAGAUCAUCCCUCAACUGUUGUGCACAUGACACGUUGAAAAAAUCAGACACUUGUUUAGCAAAUAGCAAAGAUGUCUCAAGGUACAAAUUGGUCGUAUGUUUUAACUCUAGGAAACAGCAUUAUUGGCGUUAGUGUUUUGGCAAUGCCUUAUUGUUUUAAGCAGUGUGGACUACUAUUAGGAAUUGCAUUAAUAUUAGGAUCAGCCUUGUUGACUCGUUUAUCAUGUAAUUUGUUGCUAAAUGCGGCCUUUUCAUCAAAAAAAGGAUCAUAUGAAAUCUUAGCCUUACAUGCUUUUGGAGCUGCUGGAAAGCUAUGUGUAGAAAUAAGUAUUAUAGGACUUCUCUUUGGAACUUGUGUAGCAUUCCAUAUAGUAAUUGGUGACCUGGGACCUGAUAUAAUAUCAAAAAUCCUUGGAAUCGAGAAUACUACUCAUUUACGAACCUUUUUAAUGAUUUUACUGGGUUUAUGCGUUGCACUGCCAAUGGGUCUUUUACGAAAUGUUGAAUCAUUAGCUAACAUCAGUGCUCUAUCAAUUGGAUUUUACAUUGUUUUCGUGUGCUAUAUAUUCUUUGUUUCUUUUCCGAAUUUAUGGUCAAGCCAAUGGACAAAUCACGUUAUUUUGUGGCAAUAUUCUGGAUUUUUUAAAUGUUUGCCAAUUCUUAGCUUGGCAUUUGGAUGCCAAUCGCAAUUAUUUGUCAUGUACAAAAAUUUACCAGAACCAACUCCUAGUCGUAUGGAUACAAUUGUCAAGAAUGCAAUUAACAUUUGCACAAGUGUCUACCUUAUGGUCGGAUAUUUCGGUUAUGUUGCUUUCUGUUCAGAUGAAAUUUCUGGAGACGUGUUAGUCAAUUUCACUCCAACUAUAUUCAGUGGAGCACUGAAACUUGGAUUUGUCCUUUCGGUUGCCUUAUCUUUUCCGCUAGUCAUAUUUCCUUGUAGAGCAAGCAUUUAUUCUCUUCUUUUUUCAAAAUACCAAACUUUAGAGUCAUCUCACGAGGGAUUAACCGAAUCCAGCACCAUACCAGUAAAUCACUUUCGAUCUAUCACAAUAGCUAUUGUUCUUAGCACUCUAGCAAUUGGAAUUUGUGUUCCAAAUGUGGAGUUUAUUUUAGGGUUAACUGGUUCAACAAUGGGGUCAAUGAUAUCAUUUAUUUUUCCGGCUUUAAUGUUUCUUACUGUUACUAAACCGACCAAAGUAAAGCCCAGAACGACAGGACAGCUAGUUUUAUGUUUGGGGAUAACUGUAAUGUUGGCCAGCACAUAUGUAACACUUUACUCACAAGAUCGAAUCGCAGUUAAAACAGACGAUAGAUUGCAAAUUAAACUGGAAGAAAAGGUUUCGAAUCUAGAAGUACCUAAAGAAGUUUUGAUGGAAAAAUUAAAACCUAUCGACACUUCUACAUAUGUUGAAAAGAAAGCGGAAGUUGUUGAGAACGAAAAACGUGUUGAGCCGCCCAAUCCUAAUGAGCCGAUUCUGGGAGAAGAUAAUAAAAUGAAAGAGCCUACUGUGAGUUCCGAGGAAAUGAAGCGGCGCCAAGAAAAGAUUGAAAAAGAAAAGGCCAAGCAAGAACUUCAACAAGAUAAGGAAGAAGCAAAAAAACUCAUUAAAGAACUGAGUAAUCAACAAGAAGAACAAAAACGAUUGAUCGACGAGCAAAAAGAAAUUAUUAAGCAAUUGAAACAGCAUAAAGAAGAGGAUAAAAUUAGAGAAGAAGCUUUGUUAAAUUCUGGUGUAAAAAAUCAAUCGGCUAUUGCCAAUAUAGCUUACAAGAAAAUCGUGAAGGCGAAGAGUUUGUACGAAGAAAGAGAAGUUGAAAGAAUCCCCAAGAAAGAUGUUUUAGUCGAACAUAUGAAUAGUCAGAGUGAAGUUCUUCCUAGGAGCCAAAAGAAGACAGACAACUUUCAACAAAAUAGAAAUGAAUCAAAUGACAACUUAAAUCAUCAGUAA